GACACAGCUACGCGUGUGUUAUCAGAGAGUACGUGUGCCCGCGCGUCCCCGACGUCCGUCGUCGGCGUGUGCAUUUAGAACGCCCCGCGUACGACGUUAAGGGUGGUCCGCGUCGAUUGUCAGGUGUGGAGUGACGCCGCCGAACAUGCAGACGACGACGACCACGAUCGUGUUCAAGACUGACGUGAAGGAGUUCAGGAUACCGGCCGGCGCGAUUGUGUCGUCGACGUCGUCGUCGCCGCCGGGCUCGUCGACGAUGAGGCCGCCGCCGCCGCCGCCGCCGCCCAAGAUCAAGGUGAUGGACAGCAAGCUGGAGGAGCCGUCCAGUUCGAUUCCGGAUUUAGAGUUCGACGGCACGACCGUCCUGUGCAGGGUGUGCGGCGACAAAGCGUCCGGCUUCCACUAUGGGGUGCACAGCUGCGAAGGAUGUAAGGGCUUCUUCCGACGCAGCAUCCAGCAGAAGAUCCAGUACAGGCCGUGCACCAAAAACCAGCAGUGCUCGAUCCUGCGGAUCAACAGGAACCGUUGCCAGUACUGCAGACUGAAGAAGUGCAUCGCGGUCGGGAUGAGCAGGGACGCGGUUAGAUUCGGCCGUGUGCCCAAACGUGAGAAGGCCCGCAUCCUGGCCGCCAUGCAGCAAAGCUCCAACUCCAGGAGUCUGGAGAAGGCGGUGGCGGCGGAGUUGGAAGACGAGCAACGUCUGCUCGCCACCGUCGUUCGCGCUCACAUCGACACCUGCGACUUCACCAGGGACAAAGUCGAGCCCAUGCUACAAAGGGCGCGAGACCAACCCUCGUACACCGCAUGCCCACCCACUCUGGCGUGUCCAUUGAAUCCGAACCCGCAGCCACUGACUGGACAACAGGAGUUGCUCCAGGACUUCAGCAAACGCUUCUCGCCGGCCAUUCGCGGCGUAGUGGAGUUCGCCAAAAGGAUUCCCGGAUUCUCGCUGUUGGCGCAAGACGACCAGGUGACGUUGCUGAAGGCCGGCGUGUUCGAAGUGUUGUUGGUGCGUCUGGCGUGCAUGUUCGAUUCCCAAACCGCCUCCAUGAUCUGUCUGAAUGGACAAGUGCUGAAACGUGACGCAAUACAUAACAGUUCAAACGCGCGUUUCCUUAUGGACUCGAUGUUCGAUUUCGCCGAAAGGAUGAACGCCCUGAGGCUGAGCGACGCCGAAAUCGGACUGUUCUGUUCUGUGGUGGUAAUCGCUGCUGACAGGCCCGGUUUGAGGAACACAGAAUUGAUUGAGAAGAUGCACAACAAAUUGAAAUCUGCGCUUCAAAUCGUUGUUAGCCAGAACCAUCACGGCCAAGCUCACAUUUUGGAUGAGCUGAUGAAGAAAGUCCCUGAUCUCCGCACUCUGAACACAUUGCACUCAGAGAAGCUGCUCGCAUUCAAAAUGACCGAGCAACAACAGAUGAUGCAGCAGCAGCAGCAACAAUUGUGGGGCUCGCCGUUGGAAGAGGAAAGUAGCAGCAAAAGCCCGGCCGCUUCGUCGUGGUCGUCAUCAUCAGACGUCACAAUGGACGAGGCCAAGAGUCCACUGGGCUCAGUUUCGAGUACCGAAUCGAUGAGUUCCUCGGAGAUGACUUCGAUUAAUGACUAUCAUCACGGUCCCAGUCAUCACCACAUCAGCUCGAACGUCACAAACGCUCCACUUUUGGCUGCUACUUUGGCCGGAGGAAUAUGCCCACACAGACAUCGGGCAAACAGUGGCUCGACUUCGUCGGGAGAUGAUGAACUGGCUGCAACAUCACAUCUGAUUCACAAUGGUCUGACGAUCACACCAGUCAGCAGACCACACAACUCGCACCCCAGAUUCAGAAAAUUGGAUUCCCCAAGCGAUUCCGGCAUCGAAUCUGGCACCGAGAAGGUCGACAAACCCACAUCGGUGUGUUCGAGUCCCAGAUCAUCAGUGGAGGACCACCACAUCGUUGAGGACAUGCCUGUGCUCAAGAGGGUGUUGCAAGCUCCACCUCUUUACGACACUAACUCGCUGAUGGACGAAGCCUACAAGCCACACAAGAAAUUCCGGGCAUUACGCAAUAAGGAUUCGGCCGAGGCCGAACCAGUAGUCAUUAUGUCUCCCCAACCAGUGCAAUCUCAGCUGCAAAUGCAGUUGACCGCCCCGCAAAGCAGUUUAUCCAGCACCCACUCAACGCUGGCAAAAUCUCUAAUGGAAGGCCCGAGGAUGACGGCAGAGCAGAUGAAGCGCACCGACAUCAUCCACAACUACAUCAUGCGCGGAGAGCAACCGUCACCAAUGGUGACCGCCUCCCCAACCGCCUGCCCUUACAAAACCAACGGCUCGUGGGCGACCAGCGUGAUAACGACGACGGCGCGGCUACAGCCCAACAACACCCAAACACCCCCGCCCCAGGAAUACUCCAGGUUAUACCUGCACCCGCAGUCGCCGCACUCGACGUCGCCCGCGCCGCCCCAGUCCCGAUCGCCCGCCCUCCUCUCCGUGCCCACCAAAAUGGUGGAGCUACAGGUGGACAUUGCGGACUCGCAGCAGCCGCUCAAUCUGUCCAAAAAGUCGCCGUCCCCGUCGCCCAGGCCGCUCAAAAUUGUCACGCUGGAAGUGUAAGGAUGCGGUGCGCCGAGCGUCGACGCCAUCUCAUGAGAUUAGUACAAAAGUGGGUGUGUGCCGCUGCGGACCAAAAGACUAUUUAUUAAAUUUGUGCCGCAGUGAAUGACAUUGAAAGGUGCCACUUUAAUCGUAUUGAAAAAUGAAAACCAAAUAAUGCUGCUGCUCCUCCCCCUCUGUAUAAAUAUCCAGUAAACUACUACUAUGUCUAUAAUGUCUCUGUAUGUUGAUGUGUGACUCAUGUCGUAGUUGUAGUUUUAAUUUUGUUUUUGUUUUCUGGUUUGGUGACGGCUGCAAAGAAGCCGCCGAAUUCUCAUGUUCUCGUGUAAAUUUACUUCCGCCAUUCUGGAGCGUCGCGCCGAUAACCCUCCCCCCCCUUGUACAUAGCGGACCAAAAGCCCCCAUUUCGUGCGCGACCCUAUAGAUAAGGUUUCAAACAAUCAAUCACUAAUUUAAUGGCUAAACAUGUAUGUAAAUCAAUAUUUAUGAUUACUAAGUAUCGAUUAAAAACUGGCAUCAGCACCAAUCCUAUUAUAGAUUUAUUAUAUUAUUGUUUAAUAUAUGUGAUAAAUUUUUGAUUUUUAGGACAUAUUUAUGUAUAAGUUUGUGUUACGUAUCUCAGUUUGUAAAGAGACUCGUUAUCUCAUCAUCAUAUUCAUUUCAUCACCGCGCCCCCCAUUUUAACUAUUUUAAGUUUAAGUCGGACGGGCCAGCGAAGAGAAUGUGAGACUGAGGGGGGCAGUAAUUGGCUCCCCAUCGUACUAUAACGUCCUCAAGACGUGAAAAAAAAAAAUAAAUAAAUAAAUAAUCGCCUUUACUCCCCCUACGCUGUGUCUCUUCCGUUGUCCCGUUCAGGAUGUGAAGGUUUCUGCCCUCAAUUCAAGCCACACGCAUACACACACACACCAUGUAACAUGUUUUUAUCGAAUUCUGUAUUAUAAUUAUUAUUAUUAUUAUUAUUGUCACUGAUGUUAACAUGAAAUGUUCUCAAACUGGACGGCGAGAUGGGGCCCAGUCGUCGCACUAUUUAGUAGGUCAUUACAUCGCGACGAUUGGCCCAUUGAACCGUCGAUAAAUAAAACCACAUGUCAAUGUAAACUUUUUGUCUUUGUUUUUUGUUUUUAUUUUGUAAAUUGGGAGCUUGUUGAGGCCGUCAGAAUAAACCAUGUCUUGGUGAUAUUUAA